AUGGAACAAGCUUUUACAAAAAAAGACAGCGCCAUCUCUCCCGCCACUGGCAAAGCAAUCGGCCAACACGAAGCCGCAGGACUGAAAAGCCUGACUAAAGAACAACACCUGCGGUUUUGGGAGGAGGUCAUUUACUGGAAUAGCGAGCGCUUCAACGAGGCCAAAUGGCGGCAGGUGAGGAAGAAGAUAUGGCGGGCUAAAGAGGAACAUUGCAUGAAGGUGCUGGGGUGGUAUCCUCCUCCUGGGCCUAUACACGAGAUUGUCACUCCAGGUGGACGGCAACUGCGGCUUUAUAGCUCGAAUUCUUGGACUGCGCCUACAGGUGCACAUCCGCUGAGGCCAGCGCACCUUCCGCGGUUUGAGACGGCGAGUCCGACUACACCGCGGCCCCGAUGGGAGCUCGUUUCAUCGGGCCCUGGGACUCCGCGGUCUGCAACUGCUGGGCCUAUCAAGAACUCUUUCGCGGAAGGCGGAUUCUGGGAGUCACUCAUCUCACCGAAGACACCUAUCACUGCGAAAGACGUCAGCAAAAUGGCCCUAAAACUCUGCGCAAGCCGCCACACCCUCCGCCGCUCCUUCAACAGCGAAAACGACGUAAUCCAUCCAUCGAUGGUGCGACCGAAAGACACUUUCCUUGCCGCCCAAGUCACCCUAGCCUCCCUGAAAUUACACAACCCCCUGUCGACAUACAUCGACGCCCUCUUGCCGCAAAAGCUAGACUCCCACGCCGACGACGAAGCAGCAGGCGCAAAGCAAUAUCGCAUUUACUGCCGGGAGCAACUCCAUGAUGUGGAUAGUUGGUUGCAGUUUGAUGCGCAGACGGGAGAAUUGACUACUAUACUGGAGGCUCAGCGCGAUUUACUCAAGAUGAAUAAGGAUCGUAGGAAGACUAGGGAGACGGCGGUGGGUGAGAAGGGGGUUAGACUUGCUUGGGCUGUUAAGGUCGUGGACGAUUGUCAGUACUUUGCUAACGUCGCGGCGGAUGGAGAAAGUGAAGGUAGUGAUGAGGGAUAUGAGUAUGGUAACUUUGUUAGGAGUUUAGGAGAUGGAGAUGCGAGCUCUUUGAGGUCGAAUGGGUCGACUCUCGACUUGAAAUUGACAUUGACGAAUAGCUCGAACGCUCGCAGCAGCGGUACAGAAGAGGGUUUUGGUAUCGCGCAACGCUCAUCCAGCAGUCAGAUUAAACCUACCCACGAGUUUGGAUACGAUACCUUACCACUGAGGUCACGCAACUACACUCUAUCCAACCUCUACAACGCCGUCGAUCCAGACGUCUAUACUCCACCUCCUUCCCAUGCUCACAGCAUCCGCCGUAGCAACGCCACUGCCGCCCCUUCCUCAUCCCGCCGUAACCGACAUGCCAGUCUCUGGAUUAACACUAGUCUCGCAAAUCCUUCAAUUAACGCGACUAGUACUAUGAGCCCGCAGGAACGUGGGACGAGACACAAAGGACCCAGUAUCGAGGAUCUGAGCGAGUGGGCUGAUGAGUUGAAGAAGAUGGAGAGGAAGAGGAAGGAGAUGCGGGUAGAUGGGGGGUUUGGUGCGAGGGAAGGGAGGAGGCCGAAGCAGUUGAGGUGGUUUACGGAUGGAGAUGGUGAUGGACUGACGAUUAAUGGGUUUGUUCAUCCUGCAUUGAGGGGAGGAGAUCACGACAACAGAGAAGAGAGAAACAGAGGUGCGAGUGGCGGUAGCACCAGCACAGCUAGUUGGCGCUGCGAGACUGUUUCUAUCCUCGAACGGGAAAGUAGG